AUUUAUACGCUGUGAUCAAAGUAACCAUGAGUAGGAAAACCCAUUCGGAGGGCCAAAAAGAACAAACACAUGGUUUGGAAGAUGCGGAAAAGUUCUUUAAAGAUGCCUGCGAAAUAUUUCAGCGAGAAGCAGCAAAACUUCGCCAGGAGAGAGAAGCGAUUGACGACAUGUCGAAGAAGUUGGACCAUGUUCACUUUUCUUCGACUGUAAAACUCAAUGUCGGCGGCCACCACUUCACAACAAGUCUUCAAACGCUUACUAAAGAUCCAAAUUCGAUGCUGGCAGCCAUGUUUUCCGGGAAGUUUGAAAUGAAACCUGCUGAAGACGGCGCUUUCUUCAUCGAUCGUGAUGGAACUCACUUCCGAUUUAUACUUAAUUAUCUUCGCAAUGGGGAGUUAAUUUUACCAGACGGCGCAGCAUUUCUCAAAGAGCUCGAAGCUGAAGCUAAGUUCUACCAGAUCCAAGGAAUUCUGGAGGAGUUGAAGCCUAAAGCACCGAAGAAUUUUGAAGAAUCAGUGAUUCUGACAAAUGAAGAGCACCGAACCAAGCUUAUUGGUUGGCUGCCUCAAUAUAAUAAAUGGCAUCUACUGUUCCGUGCUUCUCGAGAUAGCUUCAAAGCUCUAGCAUUUCACGCAAAAUGUGAUGACAAAGGGCCCACAGUUACCAUUGUGAAAAGCGGAAACAAUGUUUUUGGAGGAUUCACGAGGAAUUCUUGGAAAAGUGACGGUGAUCACCUUCCCUCCGAAGAAGCGUUCUUGUUCAGCAUGGUGAAUCCGCAUGGACUGGCACCGCGUAAAAUGCUACUAAACAGAGAAAAUAAGCAACAUGCUAUUUAUUGUAGCAACAUUGCUGGACCUUCAUUUGGAGGGGGGUGUGACUUAUACAUAUCCAACCUUGCAAACACAAGUCAUUCAAGUAGGAGUAAUCUCGGCCACACGUAUCAGCUUCCUGGAGGAUAUCAGAGCACAUUCUUUACGGGAGCUCGAGAGUUUAUUGUGACAGAUUACGAGGUGUUUGGAGUUAACUAG